AUGGCAUCUUCAACUUCAGUAUUCUUGGAUACCCCUUCUCGGGACCUCUUCCAAUUUCCUCCUCCCGCGGCGCCGCAUGCGAUACCACCGCCGCACUUCGAUUAUCCCUUCACUAUACCAGACAGCUGGUUCACAGCAGCGCUGGAUCCUAAAGUCCCCAUUACCAUUGCAGCAACAUACGCCAUUACUGCGAAACUUUUGAACAAAUACAACAAGUCAACUGGCAAGAAACCAUGGGCUAUCAGUAAGACUGCGCCGUUUCGCUUAUUCGUUGUGCUGCACAAUGUCUUCCUUGCCGUAUACUCAGCGUGGACUUUUGUCGGCAUGGUGGGCGCUCUUCGGAGGUCGAUUGCUAGUCCCACCGGUCCCAAUGGCCUGGCUGGCACCGUUGAUAGCUUCUGUCAGCUCAAUGGCCCAGCAGGGCUUGGCAACGCCGCCACGUAUAUCGAUCAGGAGGGUGGCUGGCAGACUCAGCCGAGUCGUGUUGAUACUGGAAGGCUGUGGAACGAGGGUCUGGCCUUCUACGGCUGGAUCUUUUAUCUCAGCAAGUUUUAUGAGGUUCUGGACACCUUCAUCAUUUUGGCCAAGGGCAAAUACAGCUCUACCCUGCAGACUUACCACCAUGCUGGUGCUAUGAUGUGUAUGUGGGCUGGCAUCCGUUAUAUGGCGGCCCCCAUCUGGGUCUUCGCGACUGUCAACUCCUUCAUCCAUGCGCUGAUGUAUACCUACUACACCGUCACCGCUUUCAACAUCCGCGUGCCGAGCGUGAUCAAGCGCACGCUGACGACUAUGCAAAUCACCCAAUUCUUGAUCGGUGCGUCGUAUACUAUGUUGCACUCCUUCGUGUACUACACGAUCCCGGUCCAGGUCCCUACCACGCAGCCCGUGGCCUCAGUCUCCAGUGCUGUGGCUGCCGCUACCGAAGUAGUCAAGACCGGUGGCUUCCUCGACGGUCUCAAGCAGGCCGUCUUUGGUGCUGCCGGUGCUGUCGAAGCUGCCAAUGUCGCCGCUGUUGUUUCACCCGAAGCCGCUGCUCCUACCAACAGCAUUAUCUACGAGACACAAUACCAUACUACUCCUUGCAUCACGUCCGCUGGUCAGACCUUCGCAAUCUGGCUGAACAUCUUUUACCUUGCGCCUCUCACCUACCUGUUCGUUUCUUUCUUCAUCGCGAGCUACCUUAAGCGAAGCAAUGCCGAGACUCAGCGUAGCCGCGCUGAUAAGAAGACUGGUGGUGCUGACCGCCGUUUGAGCAAUGCCAUGAUGACCGCUGAGAAAGCCGGCUGGGACGCCGCCAAGGGUAUUGAGAGGGAGAUCUACAACCAAGGUGGCGAGAACGCUAUUAUCGAGGAGGAGGAUGUCGUUGUUGUUCCUGCCAAUGGAUCACCAGCCAAGGGUAAUACCAGGGCCCUGAGAAACCGGACCACCCACUCCCGCAAGGCCUAA